UCCUCGCCCUCACCGUCUCCGUCGUUCUGCUCAGUACAAGUCAUGUCUGCGACGAAGGAAAAUUAUAUUGUCAUCGGUGGCAGUGGCUUUCUUGGUCGGCACAUUGUCGAGGCACUUCUGAACCGCGGGGACACCGUUUCUGUGCUUGACAUUGUCCAACGGCAUCACGAUGUCCCAUUUUACAAUGCCGACAUUUCGGUACAGAGUCAAGUUGAGGAUGCUUUUCGCAAGAGCGGCACGACAUGUAUAAUUCACACUGCGUCCCCGCCCCACGGUUUGGAUCCCGCCAUUUAUUGGAAAGUAAACGUCGAGGGGACCAAGGCAGUUAUCUCUGCCGCGACUGCGUUGAACAUCAAAAAGCUUGUGUUCACGAGCAGUGCCGGUGUCGUUUUCAACGGGCAAGACAUUAUUAACGUCGACGAGCGAUUGCCAUACCCUGAGCCGCCGUUCGAUGCGUACAACGAGUCAAAAGCCAAGGCGGAAGAGCUUGUGCUAGAGGCAAAUGGGAAGAGCGGGCUCCUAACCGUCGCUCUCCGUCCCGCAGGCAUUUACGGCCCAGGGGACCGACAAGCCAUGCAAGGCUUAAUGCAAGUAUUCUACAACAGACAGACGCACUUCCAAAUUGGUGACAACAACAACCUCUUCGAAUGGACAUACGUGACGAACGUCGCAAAAGCGCAUCUCCUUGCAGCUGACAGACUCUCAAAUCCACGUCCGGACCUUGAGGAGGCCGUACUCCGACCACUCCCCACAAUCGACCUCUCAACCGGAGUACGUCGUGUUCCUACGUCAACAGCUCGGCCUAUCGGACCUGCGAUGCAACCUCCACCAAACGCAGAAGAACUCGAAGAAGCCUACCGUGCUAGCCCUCACUAUGAAUCGCGGCCCAUCACACGUAGCCGGUUCGACCAACUCAGCCCUGCAACGAUCGAACGCACUGAAUCCGACCCACUCCGCGUCGACGGCCAAGUAUUCUUCAUCACCAACGGCGAGCCCGUAUACUUCUGGGACUUUGCCCGAGCCGUCUGGCACGAAAUGGGUGACCCAUUAGACCGAAGUUAUAUUAAACUCCCGAGAGCUCUGGCCGGUGUAAUUGCCACCUUAGCGGAAGGGUGGGGUUGGGUAACUGGUAAGGAACCGACGUUUACGAGGUUUAGGGUUGCGUUUACUUGUGCGACGAGGUGGCAUAAUAUGGAGAAGGCAAGGCUUGUGCUUGGGUAUGAGCCGGAUGUGGGUGUUGUUGAGGGUGUUAAGCGGAUGUGUGAUUGGUAUAAGGCGGAGUACAUGCAGGAGAAGAAGUAAUAGCUUUAUUACCGUAUUUUGCAUCGAUACCCGCUUCCUUUUCAUGUUUCAUGUAACUUAUUCACGCUGCACAUCUACUUGCAUGGAUCUAAUGGAAGCAAUUCACUCGAG